AUGAGCAACAUAAGCAUGGUGGAGGCCAAGCUGCCUCCUGGGUUUCGGUUUCAUCCGCGAGACGAGGAGCUGGUUUGUGAUUACCUGAUGAAGAAGAUAUCCAGCUCCAACUCCUUCUUCUUCAUCGAGGUCGAUCUCAACAAAUGCGAGCCUUGGGAUCUUCCUGAAACAGCGUGCGUGGGAGGGAAGGAGUGGUACUUCUACAGCCAGAGGGACCGCAAGUACGCGACGGGGCUGCGAACCAACCGAGCCACGGCGUCGGGCUACUGGAAGGCGACGGGGAAGGACAGGCCGAUUCUGAGGAACAAAGCCAGCGGCGGGCAGCAGCAGCUGGUUGGGAUGCGGAAGACGCUGGUUUUCUACCAAGGUCGAGCCCCUAAAGGCCGCAAGACCGACUGGGUCAUGCACGAGUUCCGCGUCGAAGGCACCCUUUCGCCCCCGAGAAGAAGCGCCGCCUCGCACAAGGAGGACUGGGUGUUGUGCCGAGUGUUCUUCAAGAACAGAGAUGAAAAUACUGGUCCCAAACAAAGCAUUGGGAUGGUGACCAGGAACAACACGAACACCAUCAGCUACGACGACGAGGAUGAUGAUUAUCUCGACACCGAUAACAACAACUCAUCUUCUCUCCCACCAUUGAUGGACUCUUCUUACAACAUCAACUUUGACCAACAGCAAACUGCUCAUCAUGAUCAGUAUGAGCAAGUGCCCUGCUUCUCCAUGUUCUCCUCCCACGACCCACCACCGUCUUCGAACUCCUUGUUUCCACAGUUCUUCUGUAACAACUCUGCUGCAGCGAACUCCUUGGAGUUCGCUGCAGAUCAUCAGCAAGUAUUGUCCAUUGUCCCUCCUCCUGUUGCUGUGGAGGAGGGAACGUUCAGUACUUGUGACAAGAAGGUCAUCAAGGCGGUGCUGAGUCACCUCACCAAGGUGGAAAAUGCCAGUGAUGAUAUUAGUAGUUACCCUUAUUACGAUCAUCAUCAUGUUGUUAAGGAUUCGUCGUGCUUGAGUUUGGGCGAGGGGAGCUCGAUGGAGAGCUACCUCUCUGAUGUGGGUAUCCCUAACCUUUGGAACUCUUAUUAA